UAGGUAAGAUGUAUGCGGUGUUGGGUCGACGUGAUGGUCGAGUACUGGACGGUGACAUCCAGGAGGGCUCAGCCGUAUUCAACGUGACUGCAGUUCUGCCUGUAAUCGAAAGUUUUGAUUUUGCAAAUGAGAUCCGAAAGCAAACGAGUGGAAAGGCUUGUCCUCAGCUUGUCUUUAGUCAUUGGGAGAUCCGAAAGCAAACGAGUGGAAAGGCUUGUCCUCAGCUUGUCUUUAGUCAUUGGGAGGUGAUAGAGUUGGACCCGUUUUGGGUGCCCACCACUGAAGAGGAAUACACACACUUUGGUGAGAAGAGUGACACUCAGAACAGAGCCCUCAAGUAUAUGAAUGGCGUUCGUCGACGAAAAGGACUUAAUGUGCACCAGAAGAUUGUCGAGUUCGCUGAGAAACAAAGAACUCUUACCAGAAAUAAAUGAUUUAUUUAUAUUACUAC